CGCCAGCGUUCCGGCGAGAUGGUCUCUCCCACUUUCCUUUAGCUAGUGACAUUUUUUUGUGUUGUUCCGUGUACACAACUUUAACAUGUAAAAAUUAGUUUAAUUUUCUGAAGAUGGACGAAAUCGCCCAGGGACUCGACCCAGACGACCUGAUGGACCUGGACGAAGGCUCGGACCUCGACGAGGAGGAGGACGAGCUGAUCGACGACGCCCUGCCCUCGCCCUUCCAGUUCCCGUCGUCGGGCUCCGCCGCCACCUCCGCCGCCUCCUCGCCCCCGAACGACGACUUCCCGCUGCCCUUCGGCUUCUCGGGCAAGCCGUUCAGCAGCUUGCGGCGCGGCCGCGGUCGUCCCCGCCGCGACUUCGAGCCGGACAGGCGCUCCUUCGAGUCGGACAAGAGGCCCUUCGAGAUGGACAGGCGCGCCUUCGAGCCGGACGCGCUAGCCAGGUUGACCGGGGCGCUGACAGGUAAGCCGGCGCAGCGGCGGCAACCCGCCGCCAACAGGAUCAGGAAGCCGAAGCCGCCGGGGCUGUCGCAGCGGAAGAAGCCCAAGAGUCUGGACUUCGAUUUGGCGUGCAUUACGCAGUCACCGGGCGACGAAAUCCCUCUAGUCGAUCCGGAAACUGGGGCUCUGAUUUUCGCUGAAAGGGAAAAGCCGGCGCCGGUUUUCGAGGAGUUACCGUAUUUUCCGGAGCAGUGGCCGGGGAAAGUUUGCGCGUUCUGUAAUUUAGGGGAGCGGAGUCAGCUGGGGCAGGGGGAGAUGAUGCGAUUGCUUUGUCCGGACGGUUUUAUCCCCCAAAGGACUACGCCUGAUACGCCGGAGAAUCUGAGUAACACCAUUCCCACUCCGGAGAGGGAUUCAGGCGAUAAGAGCCCGCGCGGGCCGGUGACGUGUCGGAGGCAGAAGAGUUUUAACAAAUGUAGGCAUCCGUCGUUGACUAGCGAGUAUGUGGAUGAGUUAACCAUCAUCGGGUACACGGAGGAGCCCCACGUCUCGACCUUGUUCGAUUCGACGGGGUAUUUUUAUACACAUAGGAGCUGUGCGUUGUGGUCUAAUGGUGUAGUCAGAAAUGAAAAUUCCGCAUUGGAAAACGUGGGUCCCGCCGUCUUACAAAGUUCUUCCAGGAAGUGUUCAUUUUGUAAUCAUUAUGGAGCAAGUAUAUUGUGUAAAGUGGAGGGAUGUACAAAAGUUUUUCAUUUUCCAUGUGCAACUGCUUCUGGUGCCUUCCAAGUGUUAAAUUCGCUUACGUUAUUUUGCAGUAAUCAUAUUGGACAAGCUUCUUUGGAGUGUGAAAAUGCUGUGUGUUAUACAUGCAAAACUUUAGGGGAUAUUGCUAAUCUAAUGUACUGUUCAUCAUGUGGGGAACACUAUCACGGUAUAUGUGUGGGAUUGGCGCAGCUACCAGGCGUCCGAGCCGGAUGGCAGUGCAGAAAAUGCCGCAUCUGCCAAGUAUGUCGGAUGACCGGCGACGAGACCAAGCUGAUGACAUGCGAACAAUGCGAUAAGAUCUACCAUUCGACAUGUCAGCGGCCCAUCGUCACCUCCAUCCCCAAGUACGGCUGGAAGUGCAGAUGUUGCAGGGUCUGCGGCGACUGCGGCUCGCGGACUCCCGGUGCUGGCCUGUCCUCGCGCUGGCACGCUCACUACACCGUUUGUGAUUCCUGCUAUCAGCAGCGCAACAAGGGGUUCUCCUGCCCGCUCUGCCACCGCGCCUACCGCGCUCAUGCACACAGGGAGAUGGUGCAGUGCACCUUAUGUCGCAAGUUCGUCCAUGGAACGUGCGACCCCGAAGCUGAUCUUGUUACAUAUCACCAGAGGAAGGAGGCUCAUCCGGAGUACGAGUAUGCUUGUUUGAUGUGCAAGAAUUUGACGCAGCCGGCGGCAUUACUUUCGAAACGAAACAGUCUCGACGAUCCGAGCGAAUGCGUGGCGCCUCCCCAGGAGUCCCCCUACGAUGAAAAUGCCGAGUUCGACAGCCCCUACCCUGUGGACGCCAUCCGCAACAUGGGCCUGGGUAAGGGCAAGCCCUACAGCGCCAGUAAGAUCGCGAAGAAGCGGCUCGGCCUGGGCAGCGUGGGCGCCUCCGGCCGCCCCAAGGGGGUAGGCAAGGGCGUCCCCGGCAAGGUGGGCUUCAUGAAGCGCCAACGUCUCACCGACUUCGGUCGGAAGCGCGGCGCCAAGGCGAAGAUGCGAGGCGUCUUCGGCGUCCCGGGCGUCGGCCUCCAGCGGCCAGUCUCCGACGGGAAGAACGACGAGGAGCCGGGCGUCGAGAACCGACUCGUCCUGUGCUCGGCGAAGGACAAGUUCGUCCUGACGCAGGACAUCUGCGUCAUGUGCGGCGCCCUGGGGACGGAUCAGGAGGGGUGUUUGAUAGCUUGCGUGCAGUGCGGCCAGUGCUACCACCCGUACUGCGUCAACGUGAAAGUCACCAAGGUCAUACUGCAGAAGGGGUGGCGGUGUUUGGACUGUACGGUGUGCGAGGGGUGCGGGCAGAGGAAUGAUGAAGCCAGACUGAUACUCUGUGACGAUUGUGAUAUAUCAUAUCAUAUUUAUUGUAUGGAUCCACCUCUGGAUUACGUACCACAUGGCAAUUGGAAGUGUAAGUGGUGUGCGAUUUGUCAGUCGUGUGGGGCCACGGACCCUGGGUUUAACUGCACGUGGAUGAACAGUUUCACGGUGUGUGGGCCUUGUGCGUCGCACGUGACGUGUCCAAGUUGCUCGGAACCCUAUAGCGAAGGUGACUUAAUCAUCCAAUGUGUACAGUGUGAAAGGUGGCUGCAUGGAACCUGUGACGCAAUCAAAACCGAAGAUGACGCAGAAAAGUGUGCCGAGGAAGGCUAUAACUGUCUGCUGUGCAGACCGCGGGACGUCCCCCCACCACACCUCAUACCGUCGGCCACCACCCUUAAGCCCCCCACACCUACUAAAAGCCCCGAAGUCAAAUCAAACAACAACUACUACGUCGACGGCGUCUACCUCAGCGAAGUCGGUUUCAACCUAAUCAAAUCCCUAUCAGUCGAACAAAACGGUACGCGAAAAAAGCGCAAGAAAAUCGCCACGGUUCAAGACAAGGAAGCCGGGAUCAUGGCCACUAUAGAGAGCGUGGUGGCCGGUGGAAGCACCGACAACAUGCUAGAGGACAGCGCCAAGCUCGAGCUCGUCGACGUCAAAGAGGAACCCCAAGAAAUCUACAAAGAGGGGAUGAUAUGGAUGAAAGAAGACGGACCACCACCUGAAGGCUUCACCCUCUUUACCAUGGAAAACGGCGUCAGCGUCUUGCGCAGGAAGCGCCAACGCAACCUCCAGAAACUCGGAAUCGGUGGAUUUUUAGUGCGCAUGCGUGGUGUGAGAACUGGCCAAGACAACGACGACAUCGACGUGCUUCCGGGUCAGCUUCUUCCCACCAGCUCCGAGAUGCAAAUCCCUUUGGUACCACCUGAGGGCGAAAAACCGAGACGGAAACCGGUGAGGAGGAAACCGAAGAGUAAACUAGCUGAGACGUUUCCGCCGUAUCUGCAGGAGGCUUUUUUCGGGAAGGAGCUCCUGGAUUCGACCAAAGAGGUCGAUAGUUCUAGUAGUGACGAAGAAAAGGGGUACUCGGAUAUGGAUAAGACUAUCCAGUUGACGCAGGAUGAGAUUAAGGCGGUGGCGGCGGUGAGCGGGAAACAUGAAGGGGGUGACGGGAAACACACGCUGGAUAAGAGUAAGGCGCCGAUUGUGCCUAAGGAGGAAGAGGAGGAGGAGAACACGGAGGAUUUGAAAGACGUUUUGGCUAUCCCCGGGGAUCUUCUCGAUACGGAGCUCGUUAAUACGAUCAUGAACGAAGGCGAUGCGGAGCUUAAUAAGAAUGCGGAGUCGCUUGAUGCUCUCACAGCCACCAAUUUAGCUGACGAAACUGAUAUAACUAACACAUUAGCAAGCGCAAGUACUUCCAAAGAUACCAAAGAUGAACUUACCGAUAUAUUGGGACCCAAUUUUAACCUCGAAACCAUGCCAAGUAUUAAUAGUAAGGACGUGGAGGACAUAUUUAAAGGAGUGUUAACCGACGAUUCUCAGGAAUCUCAAGAAAGCAACGUUUUCCCCAUCCAAAACCCCAACUCAUUCAACACCACCACACCUCAAACCAUACCUCCACACCCCGUUACAGCGCCACCUGUACGCCCGACAGCUCUACCAGCGGUCAACCAGAGCAACUUAAACUCUCCGUUGAACUUCCCUCCGCCGUCCCCAUACCAGUCAGAGUACAGCAAUAGCCCACAGUUUAGUCCGGCGUUCUCCGAACCUCCUAGUCCUUGGGUGUCGGUCAACGACAACGCCGACAUGGACACGCCUCCGGCUGGGGCUCAGUCAACCUAUAACCAAAGAUCGUCGGAAAAAAUGAAGGCGGACGAGGGUCUGGGCAACGGCGCCACGAUCUCCGCUGUGUUGUACGCGAAUAUAAACCAACCGGAGUGGAAGACGGAGUUCCCGAAUUGGAGCGACAGGUAUAAGCAGAUACUGAAGAAGUGGAGGACGCUUAGCUCGGAGCAGAAGGCGCCGUAUUUGCAGCAAGCUAGGGAUAAUAGGUCUGCUUUGAGGAUGAAGAAGCAGCAGCAGUCACAGAUAAGCAAGGAAGCAUCGAGCGCGACGUCGGCAACGACGACGAAGGCGCCGCCUCCCGCAGCCGCCCCCGUCAGCAACAACGUCAUUCCCUCAACCCAGGUCCCCGCCAUCGUCGCUCCAGUGUCAGAGGACCAAGAAAAAGUCGCGCAUCAGCAUAAAUCAGCCCGUGAAGCCGAACAGGAGCGUCAGUGGAAACAGCUUCAAGCCACUCGACAGCAGCAAGCCCAACAACAACAAAACAUCAUCCACGAGCAGCGCGUCCAAUGUAGUAAAUCCUCAACCCCCAACUUCCACAACAACAUAAUCUCGUAUGUUUUUUCAGCUAUAGCACGUGUGCAGAGACAAAUCUCCGACCCUACGCCGUUUUCGUUCCAACAGGAACAAACCCCGCAGGAACUCAGUCCCGUCGCCUCACCUUCCCCGAAUCCCCGACAGAUCCUCUCGAUGGGUAUAAAAUCACCCACUUUCACACACCCAGCGCAGCCGGCGCCUAUGCGCCCGAUUCCUCCAACACAGGCACCUCUAGACUUCAGUACACCCGACAGCGACCCCUACGCUAAAGCCCCGUCGACGCCAAAGUUACCACAACCCACUUUCCAAAACAACAGGUUACCGGCAGAUCCUUACGCCCACCAACCUUCUACUCCUAGACCCCAGUUCCAAAUUCGUCCUCCUUUGCAGGCCCUGAGUGCUCCGGUCCGGGCUGCUGAAGCCCCGGAGCUGAACAGGCAGCUGAGGGAUUUGCUGCAGAGGCAGCAAUUCAAGAAGUUGGACGAUCAGUUGUUGGCGGGCAAGGGGCAGCAGCGCGUCUGGCCGCCGACGGAAGCUAGUCAAGAGGUGGAGACUCCAGUGGUCUCGACGAACUCGGUGAGCACGGGAGAUGCGACGUUCAGGCAGCCGCUGCCGCCGAGUAUAGUGCGGCCGAGGAUGCCGGUGCCGGUGUCAGGGAUUCCGAGACAACCGGGGAGCCACCUGGGGCUGCGAAUGCAGCUGGAUCCGAGAAUACAAGGGUUGGACCCGAGGAUGAGGUUGCUUCUGCAACAGCAGCAACAAAGAAUACUACAACAAACAGUGGUAAAUCAGCAGCAGCAGCAACAACAACAGCAGCAACAGACGCAGUCUGCGCAACCGCCUCCACAAGUGUUCUCCGGUGGUACGGUUCGAUUUACAAGUAUAGUGCGACCUACUAGUGUUGAGCAGUACGAGCAGCUGUUGCCAAGACAACAGCCUACUUUUCAACCAAGAGCCGCCGAUCCACAGGGUCCACCUCGAUUGCCUGUUAGUCAGAUCGCGAAUAUCCAGAGGCCACCGUUGAGUCAAACUCCGGCCGUUUCUGCUCCAGCCACCAAUCAGGCUGAGAAUGCCGUUAGUGAUCAAGAAAUCCCGGAUAAUGUGACCGCUGAGCUUGAAAAGCUGGAACAGGAAACUGGGACGAUGGCGGAGCUGCAGGGUGUUGGAGAUAUUCUAGGAGGGCUAGGUGACGACGACGACGAGCUUCUAGCUGAAAUGGGUGCCGACUUCAACAUUCUGGAGUACGCAGACCCGGAAGCUCUACCAGGCGAGAAAACCAACAUUUUGGAUAUAGAAUUAGAAGAAGAACCCAUCAAGAACGAAAAGAAAGUCAAAGUAGAGUUACCAAAAGCGCCCGGCAAACCCAACAUUGCUAAUCAACUGAAAAAGGAAGCGGUGCCUCCGGUUACCUCCGUCAUUUCGGCACCACAGUCGUUAGCUAAUAAUAUUCAUCCGCCGCCUCUUGCUAUUUCUCAAGCUCAGACUAACCAUCCGUUGGGUACUGGCAUCACUACGCAUUUAACUCCGCAGCAAAUCCACCAACAGAUGUUGCAUCAGGUGCAGCAAGCGGCCGCCCAUGGGAAACCCAUGCCGCCGGGUUCCAGACUACAAACACCCGAUGGGUUCGUCGGAAUUGUUACCCCCAACAAUAACGUACAGUUGCAGUUACCGCAGGGUUACCACCAAAGAUUACUAGUGACUCAGUUGCACAAUAACCAAAAACUACAAAUGCGUUUGGGCCAAAACGUACCCCGGAUAAUGUCGGUCGCUCCGGUACAGCAAGCCAUACAUAACACACCCGUGGGCUUGAACGCCGGUCCGAGAUUAGCAGCGCCGCCCCCACCGCCGCCUCCUUACCCCGGACCGCCGCCGCCUUACCCCGGCUCAGCGACCCCACAACAGCAGAUGGGAUUGAGAAUGGGGCCUGUUCAUCUUCCGCUGGGACACAUACAUCCUAUGCGACCGCAGGGUUUGCCUUUGCAUCCACACUUGCAACGAAGACCUUUAUUGUUGGAGGAGCAGCCUUUGUUGCUGGAAGAUUUACUAGAGCAAGAGAAGCGCGAACAAGAGAAACAAAAUCAGAAUAGUCAGACGGUGGUGAAUCAAGAAAUCGCAUCAUCGACGUCUUCUAACACUGAGCAAGAAUCGGCACCUUUACUCACAGACCAGGACUUUGAAAGAAUCACAGAUGUAUUAGGUGCGCCCGCUGUCGGUAUCAACGCCAACGCAAGACAGGCUCAAGUAGCGACAACCACGACGUCUCAAGUAACGUGGCAGCAAACCCAGAACAGACCCAAACCGACACCGACACCUCAGCCGCCGACCGAAAUCCGAGUGCAAACUUUCAACGCCAAUUUAUUGACACCUCCGCCUCUGCCGCCCGAAAACAUAGUCACGGAGCAAGAUAAACAAAAACAGUUGGUGUACGAGCAGUGGCUCAGUCAUCAGGAAACUACGCUCAAUCAGCAACUGAAAUAUUACGAAACCGAAGUGAAUAAGUUGAGGAAGAUGCGGAAAUCGUUGAAUAGUAAACAGAGGCAGCUGAGGAAAACCGGGGGUCAGUUGUCCGAUGCUGAUGCCAAUGAGUUGCAGCGGAUCACCGCGGAGCAGGCGAUUUUCCAGAAGCACUUGGAGUCCAGUCGGAAGUUGAGUCGCCAGCACGGAUUAUUAGUGCAGGAAUACCGGAACAAACAACAGGCGAAACAGCGGCCGGUUCAAUCGCCCCUUUUACUCCAACAAAACCACUCACCACUGGGACCACCCUCGUCUUCACCAAUCCACCACUCAAACACGUCUCAGUCACCCAUGAUGUCACCGUCGGCAUCGCCCCUCACCCAACACAGCUCACCAUUGCACAGUCCCAGUCCCAUGAUAUCCCAUUCUCCCGGUCCAGGCUCGGUCACCAACAUCCUGCAGAGUCCCAACGGGAUGUCACCGAUGCAACCGUCACCGCGCAUCGGGACGCCGCACUCGCAGGGUGACAGCAGUCCAGGCCCGGCCCCUUCGCCGUCACAAGUAUGCUUACCGCCCCCAGCUCCGAGAAUGACGUCGCCGCAGCACAAGAGAGUCGUCACCAGUCCUGUGGGAUACACGGCUGAUUUGAGACCAGGGACUCCGCAGAUGAGGUUCGUACGAACACCCAUGGACCAUGGAGGGGGGUUGCAGCGGCGUCUGUCGUCACCCAUGGCGGCGUACCAACAGAAACCGGGAACCCCGUCACCUCUGAGUAGUCCACCGCCGCAAGCCAUGGUCAUCAACCAACAGUUGAUACAGAAACAGCUACAGGAGGGGCCAGAGUCGAUUUUGAACUCAGCGAGGGCCGCUCAGUUGAUACAACAGAGGAAUCUGGUGAGGCAACAACAACAACAGCAAGGGGUGGCGCAGCCGCCGCCGCUCACGCCUCAACAACACCAGAUGAUGGUGCAACAACAACAACAGUUGGCUAAGCAACAGCAGUUGCAGAUAGCGCAAAUGCAAGCGCAGCUGCAGGCUCAACAACAACGGUUGAGUCAACAGCAGAAUGCGGCUCCUGCGUCACCGAUGCCUCCGAAGAGUCCGUUGAUCGGUCAGCAUAUCAUGUCGCCGCAUUCGAUGCCUCCGAGUCCGAUGCCCCCCAAGAGUCCCAUGAUGUCGUUUAGUGGCAAUCAGACUCCGAAUUCUCCCGUCACGAGAAAUUUUAACCAACCACCGAGUCCGAUGACCCAUUCGCAAUACCAGCCUCCGAGCUCUCCGAUGCCUAGGAGCCCCAUGAUUCAAUCACCCAUGGGGAUGAGGAGACCACCUAGUAGUCCGGCGAUGCCCGAUCGACCCAGAAGCGUCGAAAACCACUCGAGAUCGUUUUCGAGUCAAAAUAGCGUCGAUAAUUCCUCGAUGAUGGAUCAAGGUGGUGGUAAUCCGCAUAAUCCGAAUAACCCUAUACCGCUACCGCCGAAUUUCGGACGCUUCGGCUACUUUAAGCUAGGUUUGAGGGGCGGCUCGCCCAUGUGGAGCUUCGGUCGAGGUGCUAAGAGAAUCCCGACGCCCCCAGGAGCGAAUAAAGAACUCGAAAAAGCCGAAUCUUCGACAUCUUCGAAUCCGAUCAAGCCAAAGAAAGAGUCACAUUUGAGUAAAGUUUCGAUUUUGAAGAGGAAGUCGCCGGCGAAGACGAAUUUGCAAUCACUAGCGAUGAGUAAAGUCGGAUCUUUGGUUAGUAGCGACUAUAACGAGUUCGAUGAUAGUUCGUGCACGCCCCCGGUCACGCCGCCCCCGAUGGCCCUAACGUCGACGAGUCGAGUGGCGGCCGUGCAAAAAACCAUCGGGAAAAAAAUCCCCGAGGAAAAUAAAGAGGUACUUAUAGUGCACAGUCCGGACGAAAAACAACUGCGCUGUGACGAUAUUAUGGACUACGAUGAUGAUAACAAUACUGUGAUUUCGGGGGAGGUGUCGUUGAGUUCGGCUGCGCAGCAGAACGAUGUGGACGACGUCGGGGUCAUGGAGACGUUUUCGCAGAGCGAUUUGGGGGAAGCUAUGUCUAGUCCACUCGAAUCGGACCAAAUCGCAGACGAGUAUUUACUUUUCCCGGGUAACAUGGUCGUGGACCUUUCUGGGGACGGCGAAACUCAUUAUUCAGAUAAAGAGGAAGCGGAAGAAGAAGACUACGGAGGGGAGAACAUGCACGUGGUGAUCCGAAGCCCCACGACCAGCGACGACGAGUUCAUCAUGCAGAACAAAGGAAAAAAGUACAAUAUCAGACGAUUACCGUCGAAUCAUCUUCUAGAAGCUACGGAUUCGCCCGAAGGUGAGGAAAUGCACACCGACCCGUCACCCGACGCAGGCGACGAAGACGCCAUAAGCAACUACGAAGAAUCAGAAAUCGUGAUCAUCGACCCUUCGAUUAAAUCGCCCGAUGAACAGAUUUCCACCAAAGAAGAUUUCGAAGAGUUGAUUGACGAAGGGUCCCGGAAGGACAAAAUGUUGAAGCAGGAAGUAAUCACGGCUAAACACAUCAACGAAAUCCAUAAAUACGCCGCAAAUGUUUAUAGUUUCCCGCCGAAAACGGAAACGUCUGCCUCAAACACGAGGGUCACCAAUUUGAUAACCUCAAAAUUGGGUCCGAAAUUUUCACUCAUUACCACCCCAGUGAUGACUAUUUCACGAACCGACGCACAAAAGUCGACCGAUGUGGUCGCCCAGACCACGAAACUCGUGAACACGACUGCCACCUCCAAGCUGACUAACAUCAUUCUACACAAUGCGGUGCGCAGCAACGUUCUGAGUGUGCCGAAACUCGUGACCAGCGGGUCUCCUGCGAUUACCAUAGUCAGUGCCAACACGUCACCCAUCGCUUCGAUUUUGCCUUCAGGGUUCACCGUGCCGGUGAUCAGCGCAAGCGCCGUCAGACAACUACCCAACGUCAAAGUCAUAGAUAAACCGUCGUCGUCGAUUUCGUUAACCACGCACGACACCUGCUUACCCAAAAAGAUCUUCGAAGACGACUCAGUGUCGCCGGAUAGUUCGAACUGCGAAGACGACAAGUCUAAGGACUCGUCGGACGAAAAGUCGAAGACGGAUUCUCCACCUGCCGAUUUCGUCAAGCAGAGUCCGUUGAAGUUGGUUUCGGAACCGACGCGAGUGCCUGUCGAAGAGCCCGUGAAAACCGUGUCUGAGGUAGCCGCCCCUUCGAACGAAACCACCAAGGAGGAAGUCAAAGUACAAACGACUAGCGAAUCAGACGUUAAGAAAGUCGAAAACGUGCACGUCACUAGCAUUAAAGUACACAACCAAAGAGUGCCUAGCCCGAUUAUAGCGAAAACCACGUCACCUGUGAUUAUUCAUAGUACCCCGGAGUUAAAAAUGACUGCGCAGGUCAUUCAAGAGCCACAAUCGGGUAUUCAGAUCACCGCUCGCGCCGAAACCGUAGACGGCUUCGAGGGUGCUACAGGCGACGACACGAAAUCCGUGGUCAUUUCAAUACCGUCGCCAACCCCAUCGCAAGAACAAAUCCUAGAUAAUAUAGCCCUUCAAGCUUUUGAGAAUCGUCGUCGCGACGGAAACGGCAUGCCCGGGGAGUUCGAGUCGUUCGAAGACGUCCUCGACAUGAUCGAAAACAUCACGGCCGAACCGCCCGCAGUCCUCGAAGAUAACAUCAAAGAUAAAAUUAAUGACGCUCCCGAUUAUCAAAAAACUACUAAAGUCAGUCGCGUGGAACCCGAACCGACUAAAGAGAGCGUGCCUGUGACGAAAAUCGAAACUAAAAUUACAAAGCCGUCGGUCGUUCCGCAACUGUCACCGCUUUCUCAGCCCACGGACCUGACGACGAACAUGGCCAAUGCGUCGCAACAACUUCGAACUUUGUUGUCGUUGCAUACCACGACUGCGACGAGCUCGAAUAACGUGGAGAGCGUCGUAAAAAGCAAGGUUGUGAGUACUGGGUCCGUCGUGACGCCGGCGCCUGUGGUCACGUCACGGGUCAUCCAACAAGCCAGUUCCAGUACUGUGAUAGUACCCAAUGUGAAACCGAAGACCGUGGUGCCGCCGAUUCGUACCCAAAGUACUACGAUUCAGAGCACGGUGGCGCAGAGUGUGCAGAUUACGACGUCGGGGAUUAAUUUCUUGCCGGCGCGGAGUGGAGGGAUACAGUUAAUGCCGGAACACCCGAAGUUGCCGAGAGUGACUGCGGUCAAUUCGACGGCGACGUCGGUGACUUUAACGCCCACGAAUACGGUGCAAAAGCCAGCGGUGACUACGACGUCCGAGACUACGGAAACUACAACCCGGAAGACGACGUGUUCUUUGACGGAGAUGUUACAGUCGCAUCCGGCCGCAGUACCGAGUACUAAAACCAGUGCUGAUACGAUCACGGCGGCGAGUUUAUUGGGUACUUCGAUUAGUUUGUCGCGAUCUGGGUUUAGUACGUCGCUUGUGCAAGCACAACCCAAUGUUGUUGUGUCACCGGUGACCACAACGAUGUUACAAACUAGUACUUUUGGACACACGACAAGUUCGGUUAGUACGUCGGUUUUUAAAACUGUGACGUCGGGUACUAACUUGUUGCACACCCAAUUGACCAAAGUCAUUCGACACAAGAGUUUGGAAGAGACUUUGAGUGAAACUAUCAAGGAAGAGAAAGUAGAACCAAUGGAAAUUAGCGAGGAUAAAAUUAAAACCGAACCGGGUCAGUCGCAGUCGGGGUGUAAGUUCUCGACGAUCCCCACGCCACCUAUUAGCAGAAACGACGAUUCGCAGAAUGCACUCUUAAAGAAACUGCUGCAAAAUACGGCUUGUGCUAGUACCCAGACGCCACCGCCGACUUCAGCGCCAUCUUCCAUAACCGUAGCGUCGUCAACUCAGUUCCCUUCUAGUCUCGAAAACCAACUAAAAGCGUCUAUAUUGUCUCCAGUAGUCAAAGAAUCGGUGACCCCACCACAAACCAAAGCGCCACCUAGGGCGCCUAUAAUGAGCCGCGAAACGUCGUUUGUGUCAAGCCCCGUGAUCCAACAACCCCCCACUCCAGUGCCCACCCAACAGCUGCACAUCGAUAUUAAAAAGUGCCUACCACCGAGCCGCACCCCGAGCAGAGACGACUUACUAUCACCCCCCACUCCACGCUCAUCAUGCAGCCAAGACUCCAGCCUGCAGACACCCCCUCUCAUUAAAAAAGAACCCCAACAACCACUCCUGCAACAAGAAGUCAAAAAAGAAAUCGUCGAUGAGACGUCGCAGCACUCGGAAGUGUCAGAUCAGAGUCGUUCCGACGUACCCAUGAAAGAAGAAAUCGAUUCGUUGGACCCCAUCACCGAGAAGAUGCUCCUAGACAAAGAGGAACUAAAAAAACAGAAACGUCGGAUGUACCAACAAAAACGUCGCCAGAACCAAAUCAUGAACAAAGAAGCGGUGGGUCAGCCGAAGAAGCGGCCACGGAAAAGCUCGAAAGUUGACGAAGACUACGAUACUUACAUCGACGGGGUGUUGGCUCAGUUGCGAACGCUACCCCCGAUGGUGGUUUCCGAGCCCGUGUUGAACCGCAAUUUUAACAUAUGUCCGGUUUUCGGGAGCGACAUGAGCAAGCUAGCGGCGAACGACUACGAUUCUCGCUUCGGGGAGCUGAAGGGGGAGUACGGGAAUGCGUACAUGCCUGGGUACUCCGAUUUCUAUAAUACGCAGCCGUACGGAGACCACGAGCCGCUGCCCGAGAAGCCGCCGGCGUCCACACAACGAGGUUUCUACGACCAGGAGUUUCCACUCAUUAAGUUUGACGCAGAGGAAGAGAAGAGGUUCGAUAUGUUCUGCCGUGAGGACUCCCCCGAUUCUAUCAUUAGUAGUUCCUCUCCUGAAUGUCCCGUUACUGAACCUCCUCAUAAGUUCCUAGGGCUUAAGCUGAUUAACGAGGAUGAUGACGAGGAAGACGACGAUAUGUCGAAGAUGAGGUUGUCGCCGGUUGUUCCGAUUGUCGCGCCAAUACCGAUCAGGUUGAAGCCGACGGGGCCGUACUUGAAGGAUUACACAGAGGAUAAAGAAAACGUGGGACGUGAGGUUUGCUUGAAGUCGAAAUUUGGGUCUACGUCUGCUGCACCAUUGAAGGAUUCCGGGAAUGUGACGGUUACGUUAACGUUGACGUCGUCGGCUGCUGAAGAUAUAAUGGGUGUUUUGCGCGAUUUGGCUAACAUUUUGCAUAUUCCGGCUCCUACGAGUUACCAGAUUGUGGAGCGGACGAGUACUCCGCCGAGUCAGAAAUUGGGGCUGUAUAGGACGAAGGGCAAAGAUGGGAAGGAAGGAGCUCCAAUCGACAUCCAGAGCAUCCUCAACGGCGCCGCCAAAUUCUGCAAGCACUGCGACGUCGUCAUCCUCAACAACAUGAUACGCAAGAAAGUCUCCGAACUCCCGUUCCUCUCCAAAGACUCCGAACUCCUAAGCGACGGCGACGAGCUCUUCUUCUGCAGCACGACCUGCUACAUGCAGUUCGCCCUAAUGCACCGCUCGCCCUCCAUCCCCGAAGACAAAGCCGCCGCCAUCAUCGACCACCUCUGCCACAAAGACAAGCACGACCUCAAAGGCAAGCGCCCCCUCAUCGACUCCCUCGACCACAAAAAGAACUUCAUGGACGGCGUCGACUUGGAUCUGCGCCAUUUCAAGCGAGAAGUCGAACCCAUGGACGUGAACGAAAUCAGAGCGUACUCGCUGUUCACGAAACAGGGGGAAACCAUCAAGUUGAAGAGGUUCGACGACUCCCAUUUGACGCCGAGGGUGUGGAAGGGGGUUAGGUAUAAGAGUUGGACGCCGGGGUGUCUGCAACCCCCGCACAAACACAAGAAGCCCACCGAUAAAGAGACCAUGGAGUUGUUGUACAGGAUGGGGAUCACGGUAACCCCGAUUAAAAUGCCUGAGGAUUUCCGCAGGUGUAUGUUCUGUCAAGGAAUUGGGGAUGGGGUGGCUGAUGGUCCUGCGCGGUUGUUGAACUUCGACGUGGACAAAUGGGUGCAUUUGAAUUGCGGUUUGUGGUCCGAUGGGGUGUACGAAACCGUGAAUGGGGCCCUCAUGAAUUUGGAAAACGCCAUCCAGCAGAGCCUCACCCAGAUCUGCGUCCAUUGCAAUAAGUUGGGUGCCACGAUUCGGUGCUUCAAAACCCGGUGCUCUAACGUCUACCACUUGACUUGCGCAGUGAAAGACGGCUGCGUCUUCUACAAGAACAAGACCACUUAUUGUACGGUGCACGUCCCUAAGAACGAGAAAGACAACGAACUGACGACACUUUCGGUGUCCCGGCGGGUGUACGUCAAUAGGGACGAAAAUCGGCAAGUCGCGGCUGUGAUGCACCACUCGGACACGAAUAACCUGUUGAGGGUGGGUAGUUUGAUUUUCCUGAGCGUGGGGCAGCUGCUUCCGCACCAACUGCAAAAUUUCCAUAAUCAAAACUUUAUUUAUCCGAUUGGGUACAAGAUCAUUCGGUUUUAUUGGAGCAUGCGCCAUUUGAAUAAGCGGUGUAAAUAUAUAUGUUCGAUUCACGAGUCGUUCGGCAAGCCGGAGUUCCGGGUUGUGAUCCAGGAGGGCGUCGACGAUGAUGUGGAGUUCAAGGAUAGCAGUCCGAAGGCGCUGUGGCACAGGAUUUUGGACCAGAUUGCGUCGAUGAGGCGCGAGAAUCAGUGCGUGCAGGUUUUCCCGCAGUUCGUCAGCGGGGAGGAUUUGUUUGGGUUGACCGAGCCGGCGGUCGUGAGGGUGCUAGAGAGUCUUCCAGGAAUCGAAACUUUGACUGACUACAAAUUCAAGUACGGCAGAAAUCCACUAUUGGAACUUCCAUUAGCGAUAAAUCCCUCGGGAUCCGCGAGAACCGAACCAAGAUCCAGAAGCCAACUCCACUGGAAAAGACCGCACACGCAGCGUACAAGCGGGUCGUCCGUUAGACCCCUUUUCGGGCCAACCCCGGCCAUGACUAAUAAUAACACGCUAGCAGAGGGCGCUUGUCCCUAUACCAAGCAGUUCGUGCACUCAAAAAGUUCCCAAUACAAGAAAAUGAAGCAGGAGUGGCGGAAUAACGUUUAUUUGGCCAGGUCAAAAAUACAAGGCCUAGGCUUGUACGCAGCGCGCGAUUUAGAAAAACACACUAUGGUUAUUGAGUAUAUUGGGGAAAUAAUUAGGACUGAGCUCGCUGAAACUCGAGAGAAAAAAUACGAAGCAAAGAACCGAGGGAUUUACAUGUUCAGAUUAGACGAAGAGCGAGUGGUUGAUGCGACUCUUUGUGGAGGCUUAGCGAGGUACAUCAACCACUCUUGCAAUCCGAAUUGUGUCGCAGAAACCGUCGAGGUUGACAGAGAUUGUCGCAUCAUUAUUUUUGCGAAACGACGAAUCCAAAGAGGCGAAGAGCUGGCGUACGACUACAAGUUCGACAUAGAAGACGACCAACACAAAAUAUCUUGCAUGUGUGGAGCCCCGAAUUGCCGAAAGUGGAUGAAUUAAUUUAUUUAGCAUUUGUGUAUUUGGGUGGUAAUCUGUUUCUUAUGUACAUAUUGUUUACCGUUGACAGAAAACAGAACUAAAGCAGACUGUUUGCAGUGCCAUUACCUAUCUCACAUUUUAUAAAAAUACAUUCCAUAGUUUUAUGUUUGAUAAGCUAUAACCUUUGAAUAACGUAGGAUAAAUGUGCAUUUAUAUAUUUUGUUACAUAGUGUCGUAAUGAGGACAGUGGCUUAGGGUUAGGGACCAAAUUGAUACCGUUGUUUCCCCGACCUUAUAGAAAAUUUUUGUACAUACGUAGAUCAAAAAGAUAAUUUAUUCGUUUUAUUUUCAUCAUGAUCCACUGUGUUUGGUAAUUGAGCGAUUUUAUCCGAGUUUAUCUUGCUUGAAGAAUUAAUUUCGCAUUAUUUAUUGUAUAGAAGAUUGUUGUUCGUUUAUUAAGUCGUUAGAUUAAUUUAUUCAUUAAGGUAAGUUAUAAUUUUGCAGCAACUAGAGUCGGUCUGCGGGGAGAAUAAUGACAUUGUCGUCACUUCAAACUGUGAUUAUUUUCUUCGCACGUAUUCGCUGCGUGUAUUUAUAUUCUUUAGAUUGCCGUGCAAUAUGAAUGAGUUUGAAGCAUCUUGUGUGCGCUUACUUUAUUAUUAUUUUUUUUAAUUUGACGCAUUGUAAAUUACAGAUUGUAGUUACUUUUAUUGGGACUAUAAGUCUAUUGUUGUUACUUUACUAUUUAAUGUUUUUUUUUUUGUAUAUAUUUUCUAAUCUGCAAAUGUGAAAAUGAUUUUUGUAAUUAAAAGAGAUACUAGGACAAUAAAAGUUUGAUGUUGGAUUUAUUUGGUUCUACACUACCACUAGAAAUGCAAUAUUGAUUUGGAUUGUACACCGGUUAUUGUUGCAAUUUUUUUAGCGUUCGUCGGUUUAUAAAUUAGGAAGGUGACAAUCACUUACUAUGUAGCAUAAUUUGUAUUUAAAAGAGAAGCACUACCUGAUUAAUGUAAUCUUUAUUUAUGUACAAAAAAGGAAUUGUAUAAUGCAAUAUAGUGUAUAUAUUAGACUUCAUAUUAGAGAAUUUACACAUGUCUAAAUAAAGAGAGAUAAAUACAGUUUAAA